GUUGAAUGGAAAUGUACUAAUGGAAACGACCAUUGUGGGCCAAGUGUCUCCUUUACCAUCGCCGCGACGCGAUCGAUCGAGGCGAUGUUCUUCAUGCGCUGGCGCUGUACGUGAGAUGGCCACAUCUCCUUCCACACUCGAGAGAUAGGCAUUGCUUGCGAGCCCUGCAGCUCGUUGAUCGAGCGCAAUGCUCCCGUCCAAGAGCAUAACGAGAGUACCACAGCCAGUCGACCGCCUACACCGCUACAAUCUGCUGCGGACGAUCCUCUCGUCCACUUCACACGUCAAACGCGCGGCUGGAAUUGAGCGACAAGUUGUCAGCAAAAGCCCGACCGAACCCGAGACAUGUGCCGCCUACCCACGAUCGACGUACACAUGGCGUUGUCGCGAAUUGCCGCGUCGUCCUCGCAGUGUCCAAGUUGCAGUGGCAAUGGAAAACCAGUCGAUUCUAACCACCUCGCACCUGGACGACGGCGAUGGACGCCGCGCGCCCAUGGGCGACCGCACGUCGCGUGAAAUCGUGGUAGAAAAGCGACCGUUUGGAUUGGUACUGGCGUUGGCCGUUGUCGGCACAGUCGCUUCGGUUGUCGUCACGACAACGCAGAAAGCACAGAGCACCAGCACCGUGGUGCACAUUGAAAAUGACAGCAGCACCCACCACGCCUUGCUGGAAGCCGACGGCGAAGCCACCACGCACAACGACCCUCUGGACCACAUUUUGCAUAGUGACGGCACGUCGGGUGACCUUGGCGACCAAAACCAAGACUUGGACUGUGACGACGAUGUCAGUGACGAGGAUUCGUUGGAUAGUGAUGCCGAUGCCAUUGACGACAUGGAGCCAGACAGUGCGGCCACGGGCGGCCACCGCAUCUUAACGUCGACUCGAGCUGGCGAGCUGUAGGCGGCGCGCUAUGUCUGUUGAGAAGUACUAGUACGUAUCGCAAAGAGUUAUCAACGACAUGUGGUCUCCAUCCUGUUGAGGAUGUUGACACACG